CCGCUUGGUCUUUCCCCCGUUCUCUCUAUUCACCUGUUAAACGCUAGUGCUAAGAGCUGCUGGAAAACUGCCUGCAUACAGCCAUUAUAGGGCCCUGCUGUAUUUUAUUUAGACUUCAUUAAAGGGCUUGACAAAGUCUGUCUGUAGGUGCAGAAUGUACAGCUUCAUGGGAGGAGGGCUGUUUUGUGCAGGAAUGGGCAAUAUACUCCUGAUUGUUUCCACAGCAACAGAUUAUUGGAUGCAGUACCGUCAUUCAAACAACUACAUGCAUCAGGGGCUGUGGAGAUACUGCAUGCCCGGAAAAUGCUUCACACACACCGACAGCAUUGCAUACUGGGACGCUACUAGAGCGUUCAUGAUCUUGUCUCUGUUGGCCUGCUUCAUUGGCAUCCUCAUCGGUGUUAUGGCCUUCAUCCACUACUCAUCCUUUGACAUGUUUGAUAAAUCCUUUGCUGCAAGCAUUCUGUUCUUCAUCUCAUGCUUUUUUGUGUUUCUGGCCAUGGCUGUGUACACUGGAGUUACAAUAAAUUACUAUGGUAAACGCUAUGGUAACUGGAGGUUCUCCUGGUCUUACAUCAUUGGAUGGGUCUCUGUUGUGCUCACUUUCUUUUCAGGAAUUUUCUACAUGUGUGCAUAUCGGAUGCAUGAAUGCCCCAGAAUGUCAAAUCCUCAAUAGAAAUCUGGGCUUCAUUAUCAUCAGUAUUGGAAGCCACUUCGGUAUCAAACACCAUUAGGUCAUGAAAAUAAAAACAAAGUAAAACUGAAAUAAAGAACCAUAGUAUAACAAUGUGUGAAUGCUUACAAUCUUUAUUUCUGUCUAUAUUAUGAAAUGGGUCAAAAUAAUGUUUUUCCCCUGCCUUUCAUUCAGUCAUUUUUUUCUAUGAAGUGAUACUGACAUAAAAUUUAAAUGCAUUUUUUUUAAUGGUAGCUUUUUUACUGGGAGCAAAUAUGAAACUAUAUUUUUGAUACUUUUUAAGACAUAUAAAGACUUGGCAUUUCACAAUAAGCUGCUCGAGCAUGUAAACUGCUCUCAGUGUAAGGAGCGCGAGCUAAUGCCACAAGCCUCUUACAGAAACUCGCCACUUAGGUGUGACGCAGUGGCGUGCUGUCUCCCAAUUUCACUUGAUUAAAUGGCUAUUAAAAGCUGCUUAACUGCCUCUGGGUGCGGAUUCUAUCGACUUCUCAAGUAAAGGCGAUUCCAUCACCAUUAGUACAUUUACUUUCGCGUUUUGUCAUAAAAGCAUCAUGAUUCGUAGCAGUGUGGAGCGCAGGUGCAGUUAAUAAAAGGUUUCAAUUACAGUGCUCCAAAACCACAUUAAAUCGUUGUAUAAACAGACGAGAUGUGACAGGUAGGCCUGUUUUGUUGAAUUCAGGUAAAGCUUUAGCAAAUUUGCAUAUAGUCUUAACGAAAUCAUUUUUUGCAAUCACGUUUGCCAGUAAAACAUACUUGAACAUCGUUGGGGGAAAAAAGAAUAAGCAAAAAAAAAAAGAUUAAUUUACUUUAGAAUCAAAAUUGCAUAAAAGGUUAUUUUGCAUAAUAAUAAUUGCAUUGGUUAUUUUUUCUUGCCCCAUUAGCACAUUUGAGCAUAAACCCCAUUAAAUAGUGUUAGUCUUAUGCUUUUUAGAGUGAGACAAAGCGCACGCACCCCUUUAGAAGUGCAAGUUGAAGGAAAAAAACCAAAACCGAACUGAAAGAGAACAUCUGCACACUCACUUAAGCAUAUUUAUUCUCCAACGUUUCAGCUAGUACAGCCAAGUAGUUGUAAAGGUGAGUCAAGUUUUAUGCUGUUUAACUGAUUUUUAUAGGUAUACUAGCCUACGUAUACUUGCAAAGUA